AUAAAUAAAUAGCACAUUAACUUCCGUAUCUGUGAGCCCGCUGUCACUUCCGUCUCGGGUGAAGUUCCCCUCGCCGGACGGUCCAUCGUUGAAAGCACAAACUCAUAAGAUAAUGCGUACUACGAUUCCCGAGGAGUUAACGUCGCUCAUUUCAGAUCUAGAAUUUUUCCUCUGUGAUGGCUUGAAAGGGGAAAAUCUAAGCAAGAAGGCGAAAGAGAGGAGGGAAGCCUUCAUCAAACGGAUUAAAGAGGUCAAACUGGGUUUCCCACAAGAUUUCAAGGACAAAAUAGGUGGAGAUGACUCAGAUGAUGAGGAGGAGGUUGACAGCAACAACGAUGGAGGGUCCUUGCAGUCGGAGCGCACGGACAAGGAUGAAGAGGCUUGUGAAGGUGCCCAGCAGUCCCCACCUGUGGCAGCUCAGGACCUGGUGUCUGUCUUUAAAGCAGGAUACCUCGAGAAGCGCAGAAAGGAUCACAGCUUUUUUGGUACAGAGUGGCAGAAGAGAUGGUGUGCUCUAAGCCAUCAUACUUUCUACUAUUAUGGCAGUGAGAAAGACAAGCAGCAGAAGGGGGAGUUCAAUAUCGAUGGCUACACCGUCAAAAUGAACAACACCUUACGGAAAGACUCAAAGAAAGACUGCUGCUUUGAAAUUUCGGCUCCAGACAAGCGAGUCUAUCAGUUUUCUGCGUCAUCAGUGAAAGAGGCAGAGGAAUGGGUGAAACAGAUAGACUUUGUUUUGAAAGAUAUGACAGGCAUCAUCCCAGUAGACGAAGAGGAGGAACAGGAAGUGUACGAUGAUGUUGGCGCAAUUGACGAAGACAUCUAUGAAGAGCUCCCAGAGGAGGACAUGCCCAAUCCAGCAAAACCUCUUCCAAAGGUGGAGCCAGUGAGCAAACCUGCUCCUCCUGCCGCAGUUAAUAAGAGCACAGACUACCCCAACUACUACCAGGGCUUAUGGGACUGUGCAGGGGACCUCCCAGAUGAGUUGUCCUUCAAACGUGGAGAUGCCAUCUACAUCCUGAGCAAGGAGUACCAGAGCUUUGGCUGGUGGGUCGGAGAGAAGAAUGGAAAUGUAGGAAUCGUCCCCAAAGACUACCUGAUUGAGCUUUAUGCUCUAUAAAUACAACCCACGAUGAUUGCCCCUUCUAUAUACACUGUGGGAGACCAAUAAUUGGAUGAAAAGAUUUUCACAAGACUGAAAUACAUGUUUGAGUAUAUUUCUCUAGGAUCUGCACUUUGCACUGCGUGUUUGUAUUUAUUUUCUAUCUAAGAUUCAGUUUUUCCACAACGCCAUUUCAUGCUCAGCUUUGGGAAAAUUUGGUAUUUGAAAAAGACAAUGAAUAAAGAUUUAAACAUU